GCAGUUUAGUGAUGCGAAUUACGCGUAACAAAAGCUUCUUUCAUAUUCCUCGGUUUCCCAACUAACUCCCAGUAAUAAUACUUUACCGACGGUAUCAUGAGUUUUCAUGCGCUUAGUUUAACUAUUACGAUCGCUAUCAGUACUCUGUAUCACGUCAACUGCGCCGCGCUUUUUGGCAGUGAUGCCUUCGGUUUAUCGGUCGAACAGCCGAUGCCGUGCAGUCAAUACCCUUGCAAGGUUACCGAUGCGGCUGCAUUCAGUUCCAAUAAGACUCUAAUUGGCGCCCGAUACGCGUUUUUACAAACACUGCGUCAUCGCGGUCACGGAUCAAUACGAUAUGACAUUGUACCUCCUCAUGGUAACUUUUUGAUUUUCCUGAACGGCAAGGAACCGUUGACAUACUAUCUUGUCAUCUCCGAUGUUUCCGCAACGUUCAACCACCCAAACUUCACACAGAGCAUUACCCGCGUACCGAAGGUCAGCUUGACGCAGAGUCGUGACCCAUGGUUGUCCAUCUGGGUGUCCGUCUCAGCUCGCGAACCAGCGUUCAUCAAAUUGGGAUACGGCUACCCAAUGGACGCCAACACGCUUUUCACCUUUACGCCCGAUCGCAAGAAGGUUCCAAAAAAUUACGCUGUUGACGCCUUCCUCAGCGAACUGGAGAGUAGUUAUAUCGCUGGUGUAGAGUUGGUGCGUCAGGCAGUAGUCACAAGCGAGCCGAUUGUACUGGAUCCGUCGCCCAAAUUGAUUCUUCCGGAGCAGCGGCGCCGUGAGCACGAGAUGCUGAGCAAUGGACAGUUUUACUUGCCGGUCGCCAAUCUUCCCUUCACAGCGCGCGGACUGAUGGAAGAAGUAAACAAGUUUGAACUAACCGAGAAAGAAAUGUUGGCCUUGCAGUACUCGGUGCAGACCCCCGGUAAUUUCCUGUUCAACGUUCUGCAAAACAAGAAGAAGCCGGGCUUAAAGGGUUAUUUGCGGGCGGAUUUCCGCACGGCCCGGAGGACCACACCCGGUCAAGACUUGGUACUGGAGGUGGUUAUUCCCGGCGGAUCCAGCCCGAUUCAUGAUCAUGGCAACGCUUCCGCUGUCAUUAAGUAUUGUGCGGGAGACCUACUUUUGAGUAUUACAAUCCAAUGAUGGACCGCAUGCGGGAGCGUCCCAUCUUGGUGAGCACGGCAAACCUGACUGCAGGCGAAUACACGUGGAUGACCGAUUCCAUUUAUCAAACGCAUCGACUGAUCAAUCCCGACCCGGGUAACGUGGUUAUUACUGUUCAAGCCUACGGAUACGAAGAGAACACACCUGAACGCACCGACUAUUUCCACUAUCUGAACGAAGCCUGCAGUCUGCACGAUUCGUCGGUGUCGUGUUACACGGAACUCUUUCCCCUGCCUGAUUUUAAGUUCAGCGAUAUCAAGAAUUUAAUUUUGCCUGAAAUCCUUAGUGCGAUCGAACAAACACGCCUUAAACGACUGGCAUAGUGCACCGUAAAUGGAAUUACUGCUUUAAAAAAUGCUGUUAUUUACGGUCUCAAAUUGUGCACGUAACGAGCAAGUAUAUCUGUACUUCGUUAUUUUGUUGUUUCAGGGAUUGACAGAUGUUGUGCUUAUCCAAUCAUUUUUUACACUGCUUCCACUGCACCCAUA